AUGGUUGGGGCAGAGCGACCGGAGAAUCCUUGGGUUGCUUCCGAAAUGCCGUCGUCUUCUCCGGCGUCAACAGAAGGCCGUGAAUUUUCGAUCAUUGAUUCAGCUACUGGAAUAAGAGAUGUGAGAGGAUUUGAAAGUCUCGGAACGCAAAUAGCUUCCCGGCCUCAAUUGGAGAAGGUUUCGUCGGAGUAUAAGCUAGGGUUCACGGAAAGAGUUUUAUCAGCCGCCGGAGCUGCUUUUUUGUCCGCCGUUAUCCUAAAUCCUCUCGACGUUGUCAAGACUCGUUUGCAAGCCCAAGCCGCCGGAGCUUCUUACUCUCACCCACUCAGCUGCUCCAUUGGCCGCAUGGCAUUCUUUGGUCCAAACAUGAUGUUUGCAGACUUGAGAUGUUCUCCUUCAUGUUCACGAGCUGGUGUUCAAGGUACUGUCUCUAUUUGCCCGCCGGAUUGUUUCCAGUACAAGGGAGCGUUCGAUGUCUUCGGCAAGAUCAUACGACAGGAAGGCAUGGCACGCCUGUGGAGAGGGACUAAUGCUGGUCUUGCCAUAGCUGUGCCCAUGGUUGGGAUUUAUCUGCCAUUUUAUGAUAUGUUUCGCAACCGGUUGGAAGAAUUAUCUCGGGAGAAAGCGCCUUCUACGACAAUAGCUGUGCCUCUUGUGGCAGGGGCAUUGGCGCGAUCCUUAGCUUGUACAGUCUGCUAUCCUAUUGAACUUGCAAGAACUCGUAUGCAGGCAUUUAAAGAAGCGAAAGCCGGUGUGAAGCCUCCGGGAGUUCUUAAAACACUAGUUGGUGUAGUCUCUGAAGUGAGGACAGCAAAUAACCUCGAGAGUAGUUUGCACAACUAUCGUGUUCUCUGGAGAGGCUUAGGCGCACAGCUUGCCCGUGAUGUUCCAUUCUCAGCAAUCUGCUGGGCGACUCUUGAGCCAAUGAGAAGAAGGCUUCUUGGAAUUGUAAACAAUGAUACAAACGCUCUUGGGAUUCUCGGUGCAAACUUUUCCGCUGGUUUUGUAGCUGGAAGUAUCGCUGCUGCUACUACUUGCCCUCUUGACGUUGCAAGAACAAGAAGACAGAUAGAGAAGGACCCUUGUAGAGCAAUGAGAAUGACGACACGACAGACACUGAUAGAGGUUUGGAGGGAUGGAGGGAUGAGAGGAAUGUUCAUGGGGAUAGGACCAAGAGUGGCGCGUGCAGGACCAUCGGUAGGGAUAGUGGUUUCAUUCUACGAAGUGGUCAAGUAUGUUCUGCAUCGCCAUUACGCUUCAUCAUGA